AUGAAGCUAUUUACGCCCAGUUUCAUCUUGAUUCUAUCAACUCAUGUUUUAGGUACAUCCUUCCUCAACCACGGCCAAUUACUGAAUGAUGUUGAAGACCACGACUGGUUCGAGAGAAACAUCCCAUUUCUAGAUGUUCCCCAUCAGCAAAUCCAAAACGUUUAUUAUUACCGUUGGCAGAUAUACAAAGAACAUCUCGUCUAUACCGGCGCCCAGUAUGGCUAUAUGCCCAGUGAAUUUCUUUAUCCAGCAAGCUACGGCGCUCCUUACGGGGGCAUAGUAGCUGCUGCAGGGCACCACAUAAACGAGGGACGUUGGUUACGCGAUAUCAAGUAUGGAGAAGAUACCGUCAACUACUGGCUUUCGGGUCCUGGGCAAUUUCCGAAACCUAUGGAAGACAGCGUUAAUGCGGAUACCUCAGAUUGGGCACACGAGUACAGUUUCUGGGCUGCUAGCUCGGUGUGGAACCAGUAUUUGAUUACCGGGAACCGUGACUUUACCGUCGGCCAAUUGGACAACCUGAUUAAGCAGUAUCAUGGUUGGGAUACCCACUUCAAUGAGUCUCUUGGGCUGUAUUGGCAGGUGCCUGUUUGGGACGCUUCCGAGUACACAGCUGCUUCCUACGAGUCAGGCGAGGCGUAUCAUGGCGGAGCUGGGUAUCGACCCACGAUUAACGCCUACCAGUAUGGUGAUGCUCGAGCUAUUGCCUCCAUUGCAGCUCUGGAGGGCGACAGAGAUUUGGUUGACAAAUACACGACUCUAGCCAACAACUUGCAAGAGGCAUUACAAAAAUACCUUUGGGACGAAGACAAGUUAUUUUUCAAACAUCGAGCACGGGACAACAACCCCUCAGAAGCCUUGCUUGUUGAUCGUGAAAUCAUGGGCUAUGUACCUUGGAUGUUCAAUAUGCCUAAUGUAGAUACGCAUAUUGCUGCAUUUUCUCACCUCAAAGACUCCCAGGGGUUCGACGCGGAGUUUGGGCCAACCACGCUUGAGAGAAGAAGCAAGUGGUACAUGUAUGAAGCAACAAACUGCUGCCAUUGGGACGGCCCUUCGUGGCCAUUUGCAACCGCCCAAACUCUCACCGCGGUGGAAAAUGUGUUGCAUAACUACCCGUCUCAAACAUACAUUACGCCUGAUGAUUACUUCAAAUUGCUUGAAAGAUAUGCUGCCACACAACACAAAGACGGCAAACCCUAUGUGGCUGAGGCCCACGAUCCUGACACAGACAGAUGGAUGUACGAUGGCAACAAUCACAGCGAGGACUACAAUCACUCCACCUUUAUUGAUAAUAUUCUGGCUGGACUGCUGGGCUUGCGAGGCCAAGCUGACGAUACGAUCGUCGUCAACCCAUUGGUCCCAUCAGACUGGGAAUACUUUGCCCUCGAAAAUGUGGCUUAUCACGGCCAUGAAAUCACCAUCCUCUGGGAUCAGACAGGCUUCAAAUAUGGUCAGGGGAAAGGAUUACAAGUUUACCUCGAUGGUAUUCUUGCCGAGAGUCGCGACAACUUAGGCUUAAUCAAAGUCAAUGUCGGUGAGGUAUCACGAUCAAGAUCAAAACCAUCUGUGAAUAUUGCCGCAAAUGGACAGUCAUUUCCCCAGCUCACAAGUGCUUUUGCUUCAUACACUUUUUCUCCGGUUGACGACGCUGCUCGAGUUCUCGACGGCAUUGUGUGGCGGACUGGAAUCCCAGAAAAUACGCGCUGGACUUCGUACAACAGCCCAAAUGCAGAGGACCAUAUUGGUAUCGAUCUCCGCCGAAGUCAAGUUGUCUGUGAUGUUCGACUGUUUUUCUACGACGAUGCUGGCGGCGUCCGCAUUCCGUCUAGCUACGACCUUCAAUAUUGGACUGGGAGUGAAUGGGUCACGGUUCCGAACCAAAGUCGCACCGCCCUGCCAACCACCUCUAAUGUCGAGACCAGAAUCACUUUUCCGGAGAUCAAAACAUCUCAGUUGCGCAUCGCUGCUCCUAAUCACGGUUCUGGGACAGGCUGGGGGCUUUCGGAAUUUGAAGUGUGGACAGCAGCCAUUUUCCAAAUCAGAAAUGAGAACAGUGGAAAGCUAAUGGGCGUUGAAGCAAUGUCAGCUGCAAACAGUGCCAAAAUUCAACAAUAUGAGGAUAAUGGUACCCGUGAUCAUCUGUGGCUAUUUGUGCUCAGCGCUGGCGGGUGGUGGAAGAUCAAGAAUCUCAACAGCGGAUUACUUCUGGCCGUCGAAAAUGCCUCGACACAAAAUAGCGCGCAGUUACAACAGUACGCGGAUAGCGGGACGGAUGAUCAAUUGUGGAGGGUUGAAUCCAAGGGCAAAGGUUUGUUCUUUAUCCGCAACAAAAAUAGCCAAUUGCUGGCAGGGGUAGACGGUAUGUCAACCGCCAACAGUGCAAAUAUUGUCCAAUUUGAGGAUAAUGGAACCAGAGACCACCUCUGGCAUUUGCUUCCUGCUGUUUCAGAAGGAUGCUCUGAGGGCAUUGAGUAG